GGUCAAUUGAUUUCAAAUUUAGCAACGAUACGGAGACAAAUGCCGAUCUUCACUCCUUUUCCACUGAAAGUGGUGUUUGCCUGCUUUCAACUCUGAAAAUCUUUCUUUCCACGACCUUUCCAACAGACCCUCAAUCCGCUUCGAGCCGGGUGAAGACACCGCCCUCCAAGCUCAGCCCGCCCACCAUUACACGCCCUCAAUCCUUGAAUGCGCAAUGAGCACAUCCUAAUUGAGAACCCGUGCUCCCGGGUCUCCUUGAGCCGAAGCCGAUUCUUCCAGCCUAUACCGAGUCUCCAAUUGCCAACAACCUUCAUGCCAUAACCUGGCACCUUCACGUCACUCAUUUAGCACUCUUUAACCACAGUCGCUCCUUUUUUGUUCCUAUCUCUGUAAUCAUAAUAUCUUCAGGUGUUUCUUGGUGCGAUUCGAAAUGAGGCUAUCUCUGACCUUCGCCGCCGCCGUCGCGUCAUUAUCCGGCCUGGUUCAAUCUUUCCCGACGGCGCAGAACUUUGCCAAGUUGCUGGAGCGGGAUGCGUCGUUCAACUCGCCCGAGAAGCUCCACGCCAGUCUGCUAGCUCUGAAGAACAAACGUCUUCUGUUUGACCCGUUGACCACGCCAAUUGACGUGACUGGCACUCAUGCAUUUCAGCCGCCAGACUUCGACAGUGGAGACCAACGGGGUCCCUGCCCUGGUCUCAACGCCCUGGCGAAUCAUGGUUACUUGUCGCACAAUGGCAUCGCUGGAUUCGUCGAUGUGAUUGCAGCCGCAAACACCGUCUUCGGCAUGGGCAUUGAAUUGAUCACUGUGCUGGCUAUCAUGGGAACUGUCGGUGUCGGGAACCCCCUCUCUCUCGACCCCGGCUUCUCUAUCGGUGGCGAGAGCUCUGAGUCCAACCAAAUCCUAGAUAACGUGCUGGGUCUGCUGGGAACGCCUCGAGGCCUGGACGGCAGCCACAACUGGAUCGAGGGGGAUUCCUCAAUGACGCGCAACGACUUGUACGUCACUGGCGACGCCUCCACUUUGAACAUGACGCUGUUCAUGCAGGCCUACAACUCGGUCGAGGGCGACGUCAUCACGAUGGAUGAUCUUGCAGCACGUGCGGCCGCGAGAUUUGACGAGAGCAUCGCCAUCAACCCAUACUUCUACUACGGCCCAUACACUGGCUUCAUCGCCCGCAACGCCGGAUACAUCUUUGGCGGCCGCCUACUCAGCAACCACACUGUCGAACACCCCCGUGGUGGUCAUCUCACCAAAGAUGUCUUCAGAAGUUUCUGGGGAAUUGUCGAGGAGAAUGACCAGCUGGUAUACAAGAAAGGUCACGAACAAAUCCCUAGCAACUGGUACCGCAUUGCAGUAGACUACGGUCUGGGCGACACUAACAUCGACCUCACUAGCUUCCUUGUCCAAUACCCGCAGCUGGGGGCCAUUGGGGGCAACACGGGCAAAGUUAACACCUUUGCUGGUAUUAAUAUUGAAGAUAUUACCGGCGGCAUCUUGAACGUGGCAACCCUCCUGGAGGGCAACAACCUCAUCUGCUUUGUAUUUGAGGUAGUCAAGACGUUUGCACCCAACUCCUUGUCGACACUUUUCAAGACAUUAACGGUUCCGCUGAAACUCAUUAACGAUGCUAUUGCCGACCCACUGCUGGAUCUUACCUGUCCCGUUUUCACCGAUCUCACUAUGGGCGAAACAGAUCUUCUCAGCGGGCUGCUGCAGACAUACCCUGGUGCAAACAAGACCGGGUUUGCACUAUAAUUUAUGCAUCCUAGACAGGGCUAUUGGAUUAGGUAGAUUUUUUGCUAUGAAUAUUUAAUGAUUCCCCUGAUCGAAACAUAUCUACAAGACAUCGCUUUUCUCUGCCUCCUUAUAUCUCCCAGUCGGCUGGUGUAGUUGGUCACUUCGCUGGUAGAUAAGUCCCGAUUUGAGCCUCGCCCACUCCACUUGGGUCGGUGACG